CAUCAUCGACGCUGUGAACAGGCGCGUUGUUGAGUAAUAAGCGAGAGGGGGAGACAGACUCGAGUGGAGAGAACGGCCGCCAGUGCUGCUGAAGCUUCUCAGGGACUAUCAACAGGGAGUGCAACCGACGACAGAGCAAAGAGCUGGGGGUAUGAGAGCCGCCAGAAUCCGCUCCAAUCCUCUUCAGUCCAGGCCCCUGUCCGACUGACAACUAUCGGAUCAGAACCUCCACUGAACCAGCUCUCGGACGAACCCAAUAUCGGUGGUGACUCGCAACCAUGGAGCUGAGAGUGGGGAACAAGUACCGGCUCGGGCGAAAGAUAGGGAGUGGUUCCUUUGGCGACAUUUACCUCGGUGCCAACAUUGCCACUGGUGAGGAGGUAGCCAUCAAGCUGGAAUGUGUGAAGACCAAACACCCACAGUUGCACAUUGAAAGCAAGUUCUACAAGAUGAUGCAAGGAGGAGUGGGUAUUCCAUCAAUAAAAUGGUGUGGUGCAGAGGGAGACUACAACGUGAUGGUAAUGGAGCUGCUUGGUCCCAGUCUGGAGGACCUUUUUAACUUUUGCUCCCGGAAGUUCAGCCUAAAGACAGUCCUGCUCCUGGCAGACCAAAUGAUAAGUCGCAUUGAGUACAUCCACUCCAAGAAUUUCAUCCAUCGGGAUGUUAAGCCUGAUAACUUCCUAAUGGGGCUUGGCAAGAAGGGUAACCUGGUGUACAUCAUUGACUUUGGCCUGGCCAAAAAGUACCGCGAUGCCCGCACACACCAGCACAUCCCUUACAGGGAGAACAAAAACCUGACUGGCACAGCGCGCUACGCCUCCAUUAACACACAUCUUGGAAUUGAGCAGUCCAGACGCGACGACCUGGAGUCUCUCGGCUAUGUCCUCAUGUACUUCAACCUGGGCUCCCUCCCCUGGCAGGGCCUCAAGGCCGCUACCAAGAGACAGAAGUAUGAACGAAUCAGUGAGAAGAAAAUGUCCACACCCAUCGAGGUUCUUUGCAAAGGAUACCCUUCUGAGUUCUCCACAUACCUGAAUUUCUGCCGUUCGCUCCGCUUCGAUGACAAGCCAGACUACUCUUACCUACGACAGCUCUUCAGGAAUCUGUUCCACCGUCAGGGUUUCUCCUAUGAUUAUGUCUUUGACUGGAACAUGCUCAAAUUUGGUGCCAGUCGAACAGCUGAGGAUGGGGAUCGGGAGAGGAGGACGGGAGACGAGAGGGAUGAGCGUAUCGGAGGAGCCCCAAGGGGGUCUGCAUCGCGGGGCCUGCCCCCAGGCCCCAACCCUGCAGCUGCCAACAGAGUCAGGAACGGACCAGAGCAGGCCAUCUCUAACCCUGCCUCACGGGUUCAGCAGUCUGGGAACACGUCGCCUCGGGCCAUUUCUCGCGCAGAGAGGGAGAGGAAGGUGAGCAUGCGGCUCCACCGCGGGGCUCCUGCCAACGUAUCAUCCUCUGACCUCACAGCCCGUCAUGACCAAUCCAGAAUUUCCACAUCACAGGUCAGCGUGCCAUUUGAGCACAUGGGGAAGUAGAAAUAUUUGGCUCUGCAUGCACAUGAAACUGACAGGGCUGCAAGGUAUAUUCAUCGCUCCAAUUUAUUUUCCUUUUAUUCUUACCUUGUCUUAUGAAAAGAUGAUUGCCAAUGGACACAUGGAUCUUUGGAAAAGGACUGUAAAUCUUUAAAGGACCCUAAUUCUUCAAAGGAUCCAGAGAAGUACAUGGCAGUAUCCAAAAUGCACUCUUUAAUGAACCCUUUUUGCUGAACGGUGGACCACCACCGUCCCCACAAUACAAAAAGCAAAUGAGUGACAGUCCACUCCACCAUUUUUACUCCAUGGUUGCUCAUACCUGCUCCACUCAUCAAAAAAUGUCCCUCAUUACCUUCUGUCUGGGAAAUGUGAAGAUAUGUUCGCAUCGAAGAAGCAAAACGGUAUCAGGGACACACGCAUGUUUCUCGUCAUAGCUCAACUUAGUGAUUAAUAGUAGGCUUAGUAAAGAAUUUUUUUCAGUUCAACACCGCAACUUUUCAGUGUCAUCUUUUAUGAGGAUAUCUUAAAUUGGAGCUUGUUAUGAGUUUCCGUUCUUUGCUUUUUUUUGAGAGAAAUAACAGCUAAAAUAGGAAGGAAUGGGGAGAGGUAGGUGAGAGGCUAGUGGACAAAAAGGCGACUUUGGAAAGGAUAAGUACGUAAUGUUUUAGCUGUUGUAGAGUAAUGUUUCUGGUGAAGUAGCAGUUGGUGCUUGCUUGCCCUUCAUCCAUUUUCUGAUGAUUUGCUGUCCCUAAAAACUCACCAAAACUCCACCACCCCUUAUGUUGCCUGUUUGGACUUGCGUGUUUUCUUAGGUUUUAAUGUAAGGUGAAGAAUGACUAUAGAUGACACACUCCAAGUCUUGAGGGAUGGUCCUCAGGAAAUUCUCAGUGUAUUUGACCAGAGACCAUAGCUGCCCGUUUUGGCUAACAAAUAGUGGCUGCAAUUUUUAUGAUUGUUCUUAAUGGUAAAUUUUUAUUUUUAUUUUUUUGUUUUGUUAUUGGAGGUCAUAGGGGAGUGGGCAGGCUCUUUUAGUGAAGUCUCUUAGGGGGGGAUGGGACAUCAAUGAUUUUUUUUUUUUUUGGUUUACUUCACUGUAAAUAUUUUUUUAUUUCCAUGUAAAGCCAAAAUGUGGUUUUGUUUUA